AUUAUAAAAUAAAUUGUGUUUAGGGAAUAUAUAUAUAUAAAAUUAAAAUAUUUACCUUCUAAACAACCUAUUUUUUUCUCUCGAAGGGUCCUAUGACCACCUUCCGCCUCCUUAGAUCCGCCCCUGUCAGUCUAUAUAAGCCUGUUUUCCAACCAACAUGUUGCAGCUUAAGUUAGAACCAUCUCUUUCAACAACAACUUGGCAAUCCUGUUAUAUGGUAAAUAAAGUUGAUACUGGCGAUUCAAGAGCGUCUUCAGCCAUGAAUAUUCAGGAAUUUGGAGCUGCAUUUGAUCCAAUAGACAUCCUUUCUAAUUGGAAAAUCUCUCAGCGCCAAGAAGCUGCAACGAGAUUGGCUGCGGACUCUGUCGCUGCUAAAUCAGGAACAAGUUCAAUUGGGGAUUGUACUAAAAGUAAAUUUGGUUCUUCUCCUCCUCCUUUUCCUAUGCAGAACAAUUAUAUGCCUUACUUCGGUAAUAAUCAAGUCCCAGUUUGUGGCCUAAUGGCGGAUCUUAGUUCUAUUGGCCUAUUCACAAAAAGCGAAUCCUCUGAUUGCUUGCUCUCUGCAACCAAGACAAGCAACACCGACACAUCGGCCGAAUUAGAUGAUGUGAUUUUCUCUGAUGAUUCUAAAAGCUUGUGGAAUAUCCACACUAACAAUGCAGUUUCAUCCGGAGAAUCUGCAAUUGAUGCUUACAAAUCGAAACCCAUCGAUGCCAAUGACAGCAACAAUAUUCACUACUCUGUUAAUGAGCUUGAUGAAACAGUCUCGCAUAACAAUUUAAUAACAUCUUCAGAAGCAAAGCGUUACAAUAUGGACAAGAGAAGCCACGAUGCACUGCUCGAAUCAGAUUCCUCGAAAACAGAAUAUGGAUUCCAGCUCAUUUCGGAAAAUGAUCAACCCAAGUCCAAGAAAUCCAGGUCAGAAUACAGGCUUCCAAGUUCAUCAAACAUCAAUUUCCAGCAAGCAAGUUCUUCGGCAUGUUCAAUAGAUGAGCCUGAUUCAAAAGCAAUUGUGCAAAUGAAGGAAAUGAUUUAUUGCGCAGCGGCAUUCAGGCCAGUGAGCUCUGUCACGGAAGAAGUGAUGGUGGAGAAGCCGAAGAGGAAGAACGUAAGAAUCUCAACGGAUCCACAGACAGCUGCAGCGAGACGAAGGAGGGAAAAGAUAAGCGAAAGAAUAAGGAUAUUGCAGAAGCUGGUACCAGGAGGAAGCAAUAUGGACACUGCAUCCAUGCUUGAUGAGGCUGCAAACUAUCUCAAGUUCUUGAGGACACAAGUGAAUGCCUUGGAAGCCUUUGGCUUUAAAAUAGAUCCAAUUAUCAUUAACAAUAACUUUACUACUUCUUUAUCUUCAAUACCAUUAAUCAACUACCCAUUUCCCAUGCAACCCCAUUAAUCCAUCACCCCAAGUGUUGAUAUAUCAUGAGAUUUCGGAAAUAGUUUAAUUCAUAUACAUUCGCAGUGUAAAAAAAAACUAUAUUAUCAGGUCAAAUUUACAUGUUCCACCAGGUAACAUGUUCUAUUUACAAGGUUAUAAAUCUUAUAUUUUUAAGGAGAC